AUGGGAGCUGAGAGCACAGUCUACGCAAUUAUUAACGAAGAUAACGCCGUGAUGGUCGACUGGCAGACGUGGUUACUGACUGCAGUAGCGAUAGUGACCAUACCAGUCUAUAUUCGUAUUCUUUACGUUCUUAUACGUAAUCGGACAAGACAUCGUUUUUCUUCACAUUUCUACACUAUAACCAUAUCACAGGGAUUUAUUGAUAUUAUUGGUUUCACCUGCUAUUAUACUUGUGUGAAUAUGCGCAGUUUUGAUGAAUUGAAACCAUUCUAUUGGAGUCUUAAUGGUACAUUUUUCGUGCAAUGGUCCUAUAUGCAAACGUACCUCUUCGAAUAUGGAAGAAUCAUUGGCGUAGCCAUGAUCUCUAUCCAACGUUGCUCUACAGUAUCCUUCCCGAAUAGUCAGUUUAAUCAGAUGCUCCUAAACUUGCCAUCAUGGGUAUUCUUUGCCUUCCAGUAUAUCACUCCUGUACUACUUUGUGCUAAUAUGUUUUUCGUUGACAUGUACUUCAACGCAGAAAGUACAUUGAAUGUCGUUAUUGAUCGAAGAGUGCUUGAGGGGCACUAUCUGAAAUCAGCGUUGAUUCCACUGUUUGCAAUAAUCAUCUGCAGUGUUGCCUAUGGAAUACUUAUACGGACUAUUCGAACCAACUCCGUUUCCACGCGUCGUAAGGAUAUUCGACUGAGUGUUCAAGCUGUUGGAUUACUAUUUGCACUAGUUGUCACCUGUAUACAUUUUUGUAUGCAAUUCAUCUUCAACUACAAAGGAAUGACCCAAUUGGUAUAUACUAUGCGUUACUUCACACCGUUAUGGGUUGGAUUACUAACAUUUAUCAACCCGUGGAUGAUUCUUCUGAUGGAUCGCGAAGUGCGACAUCUAGUGCUUUGUCGAAGUCGUUCCGACGAACAUAGUAGCGUUCAUCCGAUGCAAGCAACUUCUCGAAUCAUGACUACAACGUUUCGAAAAAUGCAAUCUUCCGUGCUUCAGUGGCAGAAUGCUCACUUAUCAGAGACGCAGGUGGAUUCAGAGGAUGGACUCCCUGUUUCUGCUGAGCCAGGACUGACUCAUGACAUCCUUGUAUUCCGCUCGUCGGUCUGGCCAAAAGCCUGCAAUCAAGUGACUGGGAGGUGCAAGGGAGGCGGUUUGGAGUCGCCUCCAACAAAUAAACUCCACAUGUCCACUCCGGGAGAACGAAAGUUCUCCCAGAAACUCAUGGGACUAGAGGCUUGCAACCUGCCCAUGGGAAAGCCUGGUACGGUAGCGCCAGGUAGUACGGAGUUGCAGGAGUCAUGUAGGCUACCAAAACGGAAAAGGACUAGGAUGGCGAUCUGUACUUAUAACGCACGUACGCUUGCAUCGGAAGCGGCCAUCGAAGAUCUGAUGAUGCAAGCCAAGAAGAUCAAUAGAGGUGUUGGUGGAGUUGGCGUCCUCGUCAACACGAGUAUGGCAAAGAACAUCGACUCUUUUGAACAAAUUACGACCCGAAUCGGACGUCUGCGGAUGAGAAGAUGUGGCCCAACACCAGCUUUGACUAUCUUCGUCGCUUACGCUCCAACAUCAAGCUACGAAGAAGAAGAAGAAGUCGAAGCUUUCUAUAUGCACCUGGAGAAGUUCUACCGAGAAGACCAUGCCUACUACAAGGUCAUAAUUGGCGAUUUCAACGCCAAGGGGGAGAGGCUCUCCGAGUUCAUCAUGACGACUAAGACCAUCCAUGGGAACUCGCAAUUCCAGAAGCCCUCCUCCAAAAGUUCUAUACGAGAUCGGACCAUCGCCUCCUCCGAGGAAGAUUUUCCUUCACAAGGAGCAGAGAAAGCCGCCAAGUUCAGAGAGAGAAAUCCCAGGACUACCAUCAACUGGGAUCUCUUCGCUACGCUAGCCGGCUUUUGGGAAGAUUCCGCAAUGGACAACAUCGACGAGGAAUACCGACCGGCUCGUUGA